UUCGUAUAACAGAUUACGGGUUAACAAAGACUCUAUCAGCUGAUCGAUCGUCAUUACUCAUCUCCGUGGCGUCCCGCGAUAGGAGCGUUUUUUAACGUGUUUGUGUAGUCGCGCUUAACGGCGUCCAUUCGCGCUGCGCGUACAGUGUACACGUCGUAGACGAACGUUAACGUAAUAGCGGCGGUCGAACACUACGAGCUACUAUAGUAACUAUAGCUAUAGCUGUUAUAGCCGCUAUCGGCGAACGUCCACAGGUAGCACUGCUUCCAUUCGCCACCAUUCCUCGCUAAUUGCCAGUUGUUGCCGGUUUUUAUCUGUUCGAUUUUCGCGUCAUAAAUUAAUAAAAGUCCGUUUAAUGUUUAUACUUGUACGAUUUCUUCGGUUCUGAUUUAUUGCGUGUAAUAAACUGACAACCGUGUUCUCGCGUAACACCAGCGCCACAUCGAGUCUGCCGAUUGCAAUCACGCGUGUUCGGUAAUUGUUCGUUGUAGUUGAAAAUAAUUUUCAUUGCGUUUCUAAACGACAAGGGGUCCGGACAGGUUCGUCAUAACGCGGCUGGAGCGGUGUUUGUGCGGAAUCGACGCGGAGAAAGACGCGUGACUCGGUAGCAGUUUUGGACGCCCAAUCGCGCGGCUCGACAUAUUCGAUCAUUAUCAUUUUUCGGAAUACCGGACAAGUGCUCACCACUCUGCUGGCUGCUGCAAUCAGGCUUCAGUAGACAAUAACUAACGUGAUAAAAAGUUCCGAGUUGGUGGUAUGGUGGAAUUAAGGCCUAGUGAUGAGGAAGAAAACAUUUAUGAUUUAAAAAUAUCAAAAAUGUGUUAAUUUUUUUAGGAACAAACUUGUUAAAAGCAUAUAUGCUCGGAUAUUUUGUGGAUAUAAAAUUGUACAGAAAAGCUAAAUCUGUCGCAGAACCAUUUGCAUAUGAAGAAUAUCGUAGGAAAAAGAUAAGAGAAAAAAUUGAAUCUGAAAGAACUAAUCGUGACCAAGUUCAAGUUGAAAGUAGAAGUAUGGAUUCCAGUGAUGAUCAGCUCGAUAAUACUUAUCAAAAUAUAUGUCCUAUUGUAUCUGAUAAAGGAAUAGACUUGUAUAUGGAGCUAAUCACACAACGUAUCCGCUAUUUUGUGUAUGCUUUCAAAACAGGAUUUUAUUUAGAUCUAUAUCAAAAAGGAUAUGAUGGAGUUAAGGAUAUUACAAAUUAUGUUGAUAUAUUCUCAAAAAGAAAACUAUUUAUCCCUAUUUGUAUGGGAGAAAUAAAAGAAGAAUGUUUAGACCUAAAGGUGUGGUCUUUGGUUUAUGUCGAUUUUACACAAAAAUUUAUUAAAUAUUAUGAUAGCUCCGGAGAACAAGGUACGGAAUGUUUAAAAUUAAUAAUGAAUUACUUGGUACAAGAAAUACUUGAAAAAAAAAAAAGAAAAAAAAAAGUUUUUAAUCCAAACGGUUGGUCAUUAAUAAAUGUGAAAGAUUGCCCACAGCAAAAGCAUCAUUAUGAUAACUCAAUAUUUGUUUGUAUGUUUGUCGAAUACUUAUCAAGAGAUGCUCCAUUAGACUUUUCAAAAAAAGAAAUACAAAAAUUCUGUGAACAACUUGAAGAAGAAAUUGGUAUUGAUCAUUUAACAAAAUUUGUACAAGUAACUGAAAUAUAUUAACAAUAAUUAUAUGAUACGUAUUUUCUCAAAGUUUUGUAGUUGUUAAAAUCUAUAUUGUCAAGUGUGGAACUUUAUUUUUUAAGUAUUUAAGUUUUAUUUAAAAUUUUAAAAUUAAGUAUUUUAAUUUCACAAUUAGUAAUUUAUUAUAUUUUAUUAUUA